GAACUAUUGCUGCUCUCCCUUUACUACACACUUAAAGGGCCCUCUGUUCUGGUCCUCUUCAAUUUUCUUUCUUCUUUGAUCAACUUUUUUCCAGGGAGAGACAGGGAAAAAGAAGAGAGCUUUGUUCUUGGACAAAACUCAGCAGCCAUGUCUCUGGGCUAUGCAGAGAAGCUUUCUUACAUAGAAGAUGUGGGCAGCGUUGGAAUGACUGAGUAUUACGACCCAACCCAUGUUCUGGAGGAGAAAGUUGAGAGACUUGCCUUGAUGAUUAAAAAGAGUAAGCAUUUAGUGGUUUUCACUGGGGCAGGAAUAUCCACUUCGUGUGGUAUACCUGACUUUCGUGGCCCCAAGGGUAUCUGGACCCUUCAGAAAGAAGGCAAAGCCUUGCCAGAGGCAUCAUUGCCUUUUCACCGUGCAAUGCCAAGCUCGACACAUAUGGCCUUGGUUGAACUAGAGAAGGCUGGCAUUCUAAAGUUUCUUAUUAGCCAGAAUAUUGAUGGCCUCCAUCUCCGAUCUGGUAUUCCAAGGGAGAAACUUUCUGAGUUGCAUGGAGAUUCGUUCAUGGAAAUAUGUCCUUCUUGUGGAGUUGAGUAUAUGAGAGACUUUGAAGUAGAAACUAUUGGACUGAAGGAGACAGCACGAAAUUGUACAAACACAGACUGUGGUGCCAGGCUUAGAGACACUGUUCUUGAUUGGGAGGAUGCCUUGCCACCAAAGGAGAUGAAUCCAGCAGAGAGACAUUGCAAAAUGGCUGAUGUAGUGUUAUGUUUAGGUACAAGUUUGCAGAUAACACCUGCAUGUAAUUUGCCUCUUAAAUGUCUCCCGAAUGGAGGGAAAAUUGUAAUAGUAAAUCUUCAGAAAACCCCAAAGGACAAGAAAGCUAGUUUGGUAAUUCAUGGGUUUGUAGAUAAGGUAAUUGCAGGGGUCAUGGACUUUCUUAAUCUCCGAAUCCCACCUUUUAUUAGAAUUGAUCUUUUCCAGACUAUUUUCACUCAGGCUCUAAGUCUAGAUAAAAAAUAUGUUAACUGGACACUCAAGUUAGCAAGCAUCCAUGGAAAAAAAGCCCCAUUGCCUUUUAUCAAAUCCGUGGAGGUUUCCUUCUCUGAAAGUCAAAACAUGAAAACGGCUAUUCUACAUAAGGAACCUCUUCAUCUUAAAAGGAGGACGGUAAAGACAGCGAACCCUUUUCACAUCAUCAUGAAACUGAACUUCAGCGAGGGUUGCAAAUGCGUCUCUGCUGAAAUCAAGAUUCCUGUUGAUUUUAUGGUUUCUGUAAACAACUUCAAGGAAGACAACAAUGUGAUCUUCGACAAGCUAAGGGAAGAAGCCAUUGCCGACCCAAGCUGUGGACAGACUGCACUCAUCGAGAGAGAGACGAUCAUGGUCCCCAAAACCGAGGUGCUCGUCCAUGCCAUUGUAACCAACAUAGUGAAAUUUGAAACAACAGCUCAGGGUUCAAGUAAUGGGUUGAAGAGGAAACAUGGAUGCAGCAGUAUCAAUGGCACCAUCCCAUCUCGGAAGCGAUCAAAUGGCCGGAAACCCAGAAUAAUGCUACUUAGAAAAUAGAAGGGUCAUGGCAGUGUAAUAUUUGCAGCAGGGAUAAUGUAAAUAUUGUUAGUGACAGACAGUUGAUACUUCUCACUGGAAAAAUGUCAAUAUGAUGUAGGGACUGAGUGAAUUUUGAUAGAUCAGGCACACUCGGUCUGGCAUAUUAAAGGAAGCUGGAAUUAGAAACACCAUUAUUGUAUAUUCUCUUCAAUCAUUCUUCUCUUCUAGUCUACUAGAUUCAAAAGCUA